ACUUUUCGCCGCUGUUGCCGCGAAAUAUCAUCUGCCAUCUGGCCAUCUGGGCGGGCAUUCAUUGUUGAUGCCCUCUUCUAUUUGAGAUUUACUUGGUCAUUGCAGAAUCUCUUGCCAAUAAUCUUCUGAUUUCAAAGAUGGAACCACCAGCUGAAGUUUAUGAUGAGAGCGAUGGUGAAAACAGUGUUGAUGGUCAUGAGGAGGAAUCGGUUUAUUUGUUUGAUCUUGUCAAACCUGUCUCAAAAGAAGCCACCGUUUGGAAUGCUCUCAACAUGAACCCAUACGGUCUUUCAGCAUGGGCGACUGACAGUGUGGAGGCAAUGAAAUUAAAACUUGUCAGGUGCGUGAAAGAUAUGGAUGAUUCGGAAUUGAACUUCAAGCCAGAAAUGACAUACCAGGUUUUUGGACAAAAGGAGAUCAUUGCUGGUUACAAGGACCUGCAGGUAAAUUUGGUUUAUGGCGCUGGGAGCUUGCGAACUCUGCUGGAUAUAAAGUUUUCCAAAAAAAUUGACGCUGAUGUACUUGAAGCUGAAAACGUGGAAGAAAAACUAAAUGGAUUCAUACCAAAAGACUACUUCACUUCCAUUGACAAUUUCUCUAUGGGACUUGACAAAGAGGAGAAGGAAUUCACCCCUCCUGGAGAAAAGAUACGCGAAUUCGCAAUUGAAACAGAAUCAGGAGAGCAGACUUUUGAAAUUUACAACGCGGCUCCUUACAAGGACCACAAAAUGAGGUCCUACUGUGAGAGGAUGCAAACUUUCAUCAUGUGGUACAUUGAAGCUGCCAGUUUUGUUGAAUUAGAUGAUGAAAAGUGGAAUUUCUUCCUCUUGUUUGAGAAAUACAAAUUUGACAACUCUACUCGAUAUGCCUUUGUUGGCUUUGUGUCAGCUUAUGAGUUUUACUGCUACCCUGACAAUAUUCGUCCAAGGAUAAGCCAAAUGCUCAUUUUGCCUCCGUUCCAAAAAGCUGGACUGGGAGUUGAGCUUCUCUCGUCCACACAUGACUUCUAUAGGGGAAUCUCGAAGGUUACUGACAUAGCAGUUGAGAGUCCUUCACAUGAGUUUCAAAGGCUGCGAGAUUUUGUAGACUGUCUGGCGUGCCAAAAACUUCCGGAAUUUGCUCCCAGUAAGCUGAAAGAUAACUUUUCCAAGGAGAUGGAAGCUGUAGCCAAAGGGAAACUGAAAAUGGGGAAGAAACAAGCUCAGAGAGUUUAUAACAUUUUAAAACUGCAUUCCUGCAACCGUGAACGAGAGGAAGAUUUGGAGGAGUAUAUGGAUUACUUGAAAAAGCAGGCGGACAAACAAAAUCAGAGAACGCAUGAACGUGCUAAGAAGAAGGGCUUGAUGAAAAUGGAGCGAGAAAUACUUGUCGAGAUGAUUCCAAGUCUCAACCCCGAGUACAGAAUCUCCUCUGUCACUCAGGCAGCUACAUCCAUGUUUGAACAGUUCGUCAAAGUUGUCAGCAGACUCGAGAGGGAUGCUGAUGAGGACGAUUAAUCUUACCUUUUACCUUGAUAACUUUCAUAGCUUUAUUCAUUCCAUAUUGCUUUUUGUUUUAUGAAAAGUUCUCAGAAAUUUUCUUUUGGUUUGUGUUAAUAUUCCCAAUCAUAUAAAACUAUGUAAGCUAUA